AUGGAAACGAUGUUGCAGGGGGUUCCCGGAGUUAUAGUCUAUCUGGACGAUAUCACUAUAACCGCGCCAUCCGACGAAGAGCACAUAAAACGAUUAAGAGAAGUGCUGAAGAGAAUUAAGGACUAUGGUUUUCGGGUGAAGAAAGAGAAAUGCGAAUUUCUCAAACCGGAAAUAGAAUACCUGGGACAUAUAGUAAACGCCGAAGGCGUAAAAACGUCCUCAAAAAAGGUAGAAGCCAUAGUCAAGAUGCCACCACCAAAGAACUUGAAGGAAUUACAGUCGUUCUUAGGCAUGAUAACUUAUUACGGGAAGUAUAUACCAAACCUGUCAUCUGAAAGUGCACCGUUGAAUCGGUUGCGACAAAAUGAUGCUGAGUGGGUUUGGGGAGAAAAGGAGCAGAUGGCCAUAGAUAAAAUAAAGAAAAUACUGGUAGACAGUGGAACACUGGCACACUACGACCCUACAGAGCAGAUAGUGCUCGCGACGGACGCGUCGGAUUACGGGCUAGGUGCAGUGAUAUACCACAAGUACCGUGAUGGUACAGAGAAAGUGAUAGCGUACGCAUCUAGAACUCUCACCGGAUCCGAGAAGAAUUAUGCGCAAAUUGAGAAAGAAGCGUUGGGCAUUAUCUAUGGCAUUGAAAAAUUUAACCAGUAUUUGUACGGAAGGAAGUUCCUCCUGUUGACCGAUCAUAAACCGCUCCUAAAGAUUUUCGGUCCGAAGGAAGGAUUGCCGGUGAUUGCAGCAAAAAGACUGCAACGCUGGGCAUUAAAGCUGAUGACAUACAGCUACGAAAUAGAAUACCGAAACACAGAGAAGUUCGGUAACGCUGACGGAUUAUCAAGGUUGCCCAACCCAGACGAGAGAGUGUCUGAAGAUAGUCAGCAAGUAGAAGGCGAAAUACUCGCUCUACACGAAGAAGCCAUAGCAGGAUUACCUGUAACGGCUGAAGAAAUAGCUAAAGAAGUAGCUAAGGAUUCUGCACUGCAGAAAAUUUUGCCUUAUGUGCAAGGUAGAAAACCGUGGCCAGAAAAGUGCACGGACGAAGCGCUAAAACCUUACUGGAGAGUAAAGGAUUCGUUAACCUUGCACGAAGGAUGUAUGUUAAAAAGGUACGCGAGUGAUUAUUCCACAGACCUUGAGAGAAAGGGUAUUAAUGGAUUUGCACAGUACACAUGCAGGAAUAGUGAGAAUGAAAGGUCUUGCUAGGAUGUACAUGUGGUUUCCCGGGAAAUUGAUGAAAGAAUAGAACGGGAAGCUAAAAACUUGUACACAAUGUGCUGAAACCGGGAGAGAAGAAACCCGGGUACCAUUAAAGAUGUGGAGCGUACCAGAGUCACCGUGGCAACGAAUUCACAUAGAUUUUUGUGGGCCAACGGCUGACUAUAUGUGGUUAAUAGCGGUAGAUGCAAAGACAAAGUGGCCCGAAGCAUGGCCAAUGAAAACUACCACUACGAAAAACACCACGGAAUGCUUACGGAGAAUGUUCGCAGUACACGGGUAUCCGGGAGAAAUAGUCUCAGAUAACGGACCACAAUUUACUUCAGAAGAAUUUGAGAAGUUUUGUGAGAUAAGGGGCAUAAAACAUACGUUAACCCCGCCGUAUAACCCUCAAUCUAAUGGUGAAGCUGAAAGAUUUGUGCAAACUUUUAAAAAAGGAUUAGAAAAAUGCAUAAAAUCAGGGCGAAAAGCCUUAGAAGCAGCACCCGAUAUACUAUUAAAAUAUCGGAUAACACCACACCCUGCCACCGGGAAGUCACCAUGCAUGAUGCUCAUGGGUCGACAAUUACGAUCGAGAUUGGAUUUAGUAGUGCCAAAAGGUAGCUCGGUAAAAUUGAACCAUACACAGGAAAAUAUGAAAGUGAUGGAAAAUUACCGUAGAAGAACUACCGAAUACCAUGACAGAAAGGCCAAAUCGAAGGAGUUCCAAAUAGGAGAAAUAGUCUUUGCCCGAAACUACCGAGAAGGAGAGAAAUGGGUAAAAGGGGCUAUUAUAGAAAAGAAAGGAACUCGAUGGUUCGUAAUUGCAGUACCGGGUUUAGGCAGGUGGAAGAGACACUUGAACCAAAUGAAGAAGUUUGUGUCUAAAAGGGGAAGGAGACUCCGGAAAUACCGAAAUAGUAAUAGAAAAAGCGUACAGUAGUACAGCAGAAGGAGCCGGUAAUAAAAACCGACCUUACCAGUCAGAACGUCUAUCAGGAAAAAGACAACCACCAGCCCAUUUAAAAAGAUUAUGUGACUACGUUACCUCAAAGCGCGAAAGACAAAGUGAAAAAGAGUGCGUUUUUGAAAAUGAGAUGAUCCACCACGUAAAAGGGAUCUGGAAUCAUCGAAGUGGAAAUGAGAGUAAAAAAAGUCGUAGUAAAUCCGCGUGAAGAUGGGAGGUGGAUAAGAAAAGGGUAUAAAAAGACAUGAUGGAAACAGAUAGACACAAGAAGAUGUCGGACAAACCAUCUCGCAAGAAGAGCAAGCACCACGAAGGACGACCGCCGGCCGCGAAAAAACCUCGCGAACAAACGCCGCCGGAACAGCACCAAGAAGAGUUACCUUUCGUGCCUACAUACUUAAGACUCCACCGGAUCCAACAAAGUUUGAACAGCUUGAAAGAUCAAAUGGAGGUACGGUCAUUUCCUAAGAUAAAGAUAAAAAAAAAAAAUCUAAAAGGAAAGGAGUGUUGAAUAUGUGAAUUGAUAGUGAUCAAAUAAUAGAUCACGUGAGAGAUAUCCCAACUAAGAGUAUAAAAGAAGUCGGGAACUCAGAUCUUGAUUGCUCGUACCGCCCACCAUUCGCCUCCAGCUCCUCCGUCGCUUCCAGCUACGGACUAA